AUGGACUUUCCCGGCGGGAAUAUCACAAAUGUACAUGUUAUUGACGGAUUCUCCAGCAUACACUGGCGUAUAUACACGGAAGAGCCGGGUAUCACGAAUCACCCCUCGGAGACUCCAACGAACGGCCAUACUAUCCUCAAGCAUCUCAGUCGCCUCAAGGAUCUUGAACUUCGACUGCGGAAUCUGGGAUGUCUAGUAUCAUGCUAUCCACGACGCCUUGGCUUAUGGAUCUUUUCUCCGAAUUCGAACUUUGAUAGCCUGGCCCCCCUGAGCCAGAGUGAUGAUGGGUUAAACCGACUUCAAGUUGGUUCGCUUACGUUGAAAGUUUCCGCUUCGGGGAGUGUUUCGUCCAGGGAGCUGGUAAGGACUCUUUCAACAGAACCCCAGGCCCCAAACGUGAACACAGCGGGAUCGCAAAGGUCGCAGAAUGUGCCUAAUCCACCUAGGAGGAUAGAAGGAUACGGCACGUCAGCAGCCAUCUAUGCAUCAUUCAUCUCCGCGGUCACUGGUGCAAUAAGCCUCCAGUUAAUUCGGCGUCACGGCGCAAUACCCCUUGGGUCACGCACUCUUUUCACUGCCGUUGAGAAAGAUGGCUACGAAACCCGAAUAGCUAACGAUAGUCCCAUUGCGACCCCUUCUCUGAGUACUCUGCACAUUCAGUUGACAUCUGGUGGAAAAUUAACUGUCGCCUUACAAACAAUAGCCCAACAUGGCAUGUCACGACUUCAAAGCCCAAAAAACGACCCUGAUGAACCCCGAGAUGUCCAGCCAGGACUUGAUAUUUGGCUCUCUCCUAGUGGAACAGUUGCCAGGUUGGUCUCAUUUAGUGCAAGCACGCAGGAUAGCAUCUCUCCAAAUGCCUCUGGAAGUAAUGGCACUUCAGGUCUGGCAGCCGCGAAACGCACACAGUGGAAGCAGAGUGUACUUGAGUGGCUCGGCAAUUUUGGCCUUCCGGUUGAUUCACAUGAAGAAAAACUGUGGAUUGAAGUUGAAGUCUGGGAACCAUUUUACUCUCGGUUGGCUGGAGAAAUAUUCCGACAAAGUGAAGAAGGGCCAACCGCUUUUCCAUUGAAGCGUAUUCUCUGGCCAGCUAGAUACUGCUUCAGAAGGACUAAAUCAAUAGCACUGGAUGCAUCCUAUGGGAAAGAAGAUUCUUGUCACCUGGCGGAUAGCCCGUUGGGGCUCGCAGAGGAAUGGCACGUAACACGAAACUUCGUGCAUGAGGAAGCUAACUCUAUAGCUCCAUCUGGGGGCUUUCAAAACCAACCUAUGAGGGAUCCCGAAAGCUCACCAUCCAAAGCAGAAUUCCCUGAGCCAAUGGAAAGCCUUUCCCGGAUUGCACAGUAUCCCGAUCUUCAAGCAACGAGCCUUGUAUAUCCGACUCCGCCGGACGGGGCUACGGCGAUUUCGUCAGAUGUGUUCGCUGAUCAACCAGACCCACCAUUGCCUCAAUCUCAACUUGGUGAUCAACAAAAACCAAUGCAAGCAUCGUUCAAAGAGCAAUCUGAUCCCGAUAUCCCUAUUGGUUUUGGGCCAUCCGCAGGGCUCACGGUCGGGUCUGGGUUAUACGACACGAACGGAGAUGAUGACCUCUUUGGGGAAAUGAACGAUCGAGAUUUCGGGACUCGAGGCAUAACAGAUGCCGACUUUAGCUUCUUUGAUGAUCCGGGUUUUGAAGAUAUGGGAGGCGCACCUGCUACUGAUCAUAUUCAGAGCUCUCCCAAUAUUGCGGAAACUAACUUGGAGGAAUACAAUGAACAGCCGAGCUCUGACGUUCCCCUUCCAGAUAUCCAUGUGCCAACAACUGCUGAAGAAACGAAUGCGCCUCAAACUGAUGUUGCAGAACAGGAGGCAGAGAUUCCCUCAACAAAACAGAGAACUCCAAAGGCUCAUAUGUCGCCGCCUCGGGAAGAAAACAGUCAACCAAUCAGUCCUCCUCUCAGCCCCGUUGAAAUAAAGAAGAUUCUCUUUCCAGGACCAGACGAUGGGGAUCAGUCAACUAUCAAGCAAGAAAGAAAGCAGAGUCAUUUUACCCCUGUUUCUUUCAAGCAGAACGUAGGCGACUGGAACCAAAAGUAUGGAGCGGAAGGUAGAUUCUGGUUCUCAGCUCCAUGGACGAGCACUGCUAUGGAGCCUGUUAAUCCUCCAAGCGAUAUCCCGACCAUUGGACUUCCUCGCCGCAGUGGCAAGGCUGCGGUAAAAUUUGAUAACGCGGCGAAGGUUACGGAUGAACAGGAUAUUUUACCAGGCGGUGCAAAGGGGAGCUUACAUUCUACUUCAGAUUCAAGCAGCGUCUCCAGUGAGGAUGUUGACAGCGAAGAAGUCCUGUCAGAGAGGGAACCAUCUCCUGUCAACCUGACACGCAAAAGGAAACGCGCUCAAUCGAACACCAGCGGCUCAGUAGCACAAGCUCUGGAGCACCCUUUGAUUGAGAAUCCUCAAUUGGUCUCCGCUAACAAGGCCGAAAAUUCGACAUUUCUGGGGAAUCUUCUCUCGACAUUUUCCGACUGGUCCUUAUUGGGGUAUUUUUCCGUCUCGCAAAAUCAGCAUCCACCUACGAUCUCCCAGAAGGAAGAACAGAUACAGGUCGCUCAGUUGCUAGUUGACCAAAUUACACAGUCAUCACUUGAUCAUGUAUUUGAUGGGAAAGUCGGUCUUUCCGGGUUGGACAACGAGAUGUAUCCACUCCGCAACGUCCUCGAGGAUACGAUGUUCACUGAUGAAGUUGACCGGCUAGACCUAAAAGGUUAUGCAUCACUACAACAUGGCUCACCUUCACUGCCGACAUCAGAUGGCCUUACACCCCGCCAAGUACCUCAGCGAAAAGAUGCUGCAAAGGGAGUAAUAUCAAAAUUAUUACCGCCGCACCUGCGCAUCCGCCGUGGAAAAGACUAUCUAGAAGCUCUACCACCCGCAGUUUCCUUCUGGGAAACGUUUGACUUGGAACCUGCCCACGGGCCAAAGGACAUAUCGGCAUACUGCAUCCAUCCUCGGGCUACGGCAGACGCGGCAGAUGCGUUUCUGGAACGACUAGGAUUACUUUACUCGGCCUGUAACCUUGGUAACCAUGUCCGAGGGGACAUGUGCUUUGAACGUGGAUUGGGUUCAUGGAACACGGAGCUGUCUGGGUCAUCCCACUAUCGUUCUACGGUGCAGUCUUUGAGGGAUCUGUGCAAGGAACUCGGCGAUGCCCUUUCUGGCAGUCAGUCAAGGACUGAGAACUUCGUCGUCUACGUAAUCAAUCCGUUCACGCAUGCCGCAGCAUUGGCCGAUAUCUGCGCUGCUUUCUGGCAAUUAUUUCAGAAAUACAUCAUGGGUACCGAUAAACAGCAGGUCGGGAAACUCAACGAGCUUGUACUACAGAUCAUCCCUAUCAGCUUCGUCAUGUCUCCAGAAUCGAUAGUUGUCCCGUCGCAGUCAGACUAUUUGAGCCUAGCUCUGGAAGUAUAUAGUCGGUGUCCACCAAAAGAUUCGGAAUCAAAUCUCGUCCAUUGUGCCCCACCUGUGCUUCUCACAGGGCCCACGCCGAAGGCUAUCAAUUUCAAGCUUGUCCCCGAGAGAUUGUCACCACUGCAGGAUGGGAAGAGUCUCCAUAUUGCCUGCUCACGGAGUCUUGAUCAACGCUGGAUCACUGUGGCAUGGUCCGAUAACACAGGGGCUCUUCAGCGAAUGAUGUCUUACUGCCUGCGCUACCGAGAUUCGGGUACCGCUCGAGGAAUCUCCGACGUGCGCAACGAAAUAUGGGGGACAACGCAAACUAUCAUGGACAGAAUACAGGCAAGGUGGAAGAUUAUCAUCGUGAACACUGAACCUGUGGACCAGGACGAGCUUGACAGUAAGUAUUCCCAUUUUCCUUGGGGCCUUCCUUGCGUUACUAACUACUCUAUAGCCUGGAAGAAUUUGGCUGAGCAGCAUAACAAGUCAAAGUCAAUUCCAUUGGAAUUGAUGAUAUUGCAUGUCAACGCGACUACCGACUUUUCUCUCGAACCUCCUUCCCAACUAAUACCCACGAGCGUGUUCAAUGCGCAAGCUUCAUCAACGCCUGUCGCCACACCCGGUCCCAGUGCGGCAUCACCAGACCAGUAUGGAAAUGCAACAACGCCAACUAGCGGCGGUAAUGCACCUAUGUCAGCCGCUACGCCCGAUGUCCAACCAGAAUCAGAAUUAGAUUUCUUCCUCACCGACAUCCGUGAUGAAUCAUGGAGUGUUAUUCUGUCGCAUCGUCUGAACAGCUCCCCGCAUCUGACAGAAUACCGUCCCGCACUAGCCAGCGGAUAUCUACUUCGUCGAAAAGGACCUACCGAUGGUGAUGGGGUUUUCGCAACAAAUGUGAACUUAAUUUAUGCCCAGCGCCCGACUUCAUCACAUGAAGCCCUCCUUAAAGAAGUCCUUGGGAUGUACCACGAUCUGGCAAUACUUGCGCGGGCCAAAGGCACACGAUGCGUGCAACAGAAUACACUACCUUGGCAUAUUGCCACUGCUGUUAGGGCGCAGGAGCUUUUGAGUUAUGUUUUUUGA